UUCCUCGCUGGCUCGUGGAAUGCACACGCUUCAUGCGUUUCUCUCUCUUUCAAAACCGGUUUUUGGAUUAGAUUCAGAUUGUGGCCGUGGCAGCACAAACCACCGACCCCAACCACGCACACCAGAAUGGAUCAACCAAAUCCACCACUCUCCUCCAAACCCAAACUCGCUUCAGAGUCGCCGCUCCACCGCGUCACUCCCACCUCUAACCGUUUUCGCAGCUCCCAGCUUCUCAGGGAGAGAGAAAGCAAGGGUGAAGGGGAAAAGGAGGAUCCGAGUGCCUCACGGAAGGUUCUGAAAGCUGACCGCGAGAAACUCCGAAGGGACCGACUCAACGAACACUUCCAAGAGCUGGGAAACACGUUAGAUCCGGAUAGACCCAAGAAUGACAAGGCAACUAUCCUUACUGAAACCGUCCAAAUGCUAAAGGACUUAACUGCUGAAGUUAAUAGGCUUAAAACUGAACAUAAAGCACUUUCUGAAGAGUCUCACGAACUAAUGCAGGAAAAAAAUGAACUCAGAGAAGAGAAGGCAUCUCUUAAAUCUGAUAUAGAAAAUCUCAAUGCCCAGUAUCAGCAGAGAGUGAGAAUCAUGUUCCCAUGGACUGCAAUUGACCACUCUGUUGUCAUUAGUCCACCUUACUCUUAUCCACUUCCUAUACCUAUCCCUCCUGCUCCAAUUUCCAUCCACCCAUCUCUUCAACCUUUUCCUUUCUUUGGAAAUCAAAACCCUGGUCCCAUUCCUAGUCCUUGUUCAAUGUAUGUCCCAUAUUCUACUCCAACUAACAACCCAGUUGAUCCACCAUCUAUGCUUUAUGCUUCCACAUCCCACGUGUCGAACCAAAGGGAAUCUUUUAGCAAGUCAUCGGGAGAUAGAAGGCCUAGUAGUGAUGCUGAACGAUGUAGCGAGUCUCACGAUGUGGCCACAGAACUUGAACUUAAGAUGCCUGGAUCAUCAUCAACACAACAAGAUUCCACUUCUGGAGGAAGGAAAGGCAAGCAUUCAGUGGUAAGAGAUAGAACCAUCAUAGGUGGGAGUGCUGGGAGUGCUUCAAGCCGUUAUUCUUCUUCUCAAGGACUUCAAGAUAGCUCCAACAGUGUGGGUGACAUUCCAAAGACUGAUUGAUAUAACUCAUUGUAUAUGGAUUCUUGUACCAUUUGAUCUCACCAUAAAGGUCAUAUAUAUAUAUAUAUAUAUAUAUAUAUAUAUAUAUGUAUGUAUAUUAGUUUCCAAUUGAUACCUGUUCCUUGGUCUGAGUUUAAUGUGGCAAUGGAACACUUAUUAAGAGAAAAGAUGUAGUAUUGAUGUAAAUUCGUUGGUUAACUACUACAGCAUCGUAACCCUAACACCUAGGUUACAAAAUACUCACAAUAACCCACCUUUGAGUAAUUUGAGUCCUUGAGAACCUCUCAUCACUGUGUAAAUAUAAAUUCGCAUUAUAUACUAUAUAUUAUGAGGAUA